AUGGACACUGAAGUUGGCGAUGGUGAAAGGGUCGAUGUAAUAAAGGAGGAGCUAAAGGUUGGUCCAAGUAUUGAUGUAACGCCGUAUGUGGCGGAACCGUCUACCGAAAUAGUUGGCGAUGGACUUUCGGAUGGAAAAGAAAGCGUAGGAGUGGGUGAUGCCAACGUUGCGUCCGUUGCCAAGUUGUCUGUAACGGUUGCUGCAUUCGUUGUCGAUGCCGAGGCUGUUGAUGACAGUGUGUUUGGCAAGUUCGUUGCGACGGAUAGUGAAGUGAGGUCCGAGAUUGGAGUCGAGCUCAAAGAACUCGUAUCUUGGCUUGCUUGGAUGGAACGGGACCCGGACGUCGUGCUUGUGAUCAAGUCUAAAGACGGAGAUUGCGUGAUUGAAGAGGUUGGAUUUGAGACGGAAUCCACAUUGCUUGUCAAUGGGUUCGAAGUAGAUGCUGAUAUUGAUGUGAACGUCGUGUUCGCAAAUGAACCAGUCAGAGAGACUGUCUCACUUGUUGACGAUGGACUUAUAGAAGAACUGCUGGUGGGCUCUGUGCUUUCAGAGGCCGCAACAGUCGUACUACCGAGGAAUGUUGUACUGAGAGAAAAGGCGCUGUCCGUUAUGCUACUUGACAGUAGACUUGUAAGAUCCGAGGACGUGCCGCUCAAAGUGAAUGUCAGGAUCGUUGUUGAGUCAGAAGAAGUCAAGGUGACGAGUGUGUCGGUACUAGAGAACAGUUCGGUUGUCGAGCUGCUACUCAACGUGGGGAUAUCUGUCGAUGAAAGAGAGGUCGUUGUCGAAGACGUCGUUCCUGUCGAAAUUGAGCUUAUAGAGGACGUCGAGGAGUCAGAAAAGAUCGUGGAAAGAGCAGUUGUGGAAGUUGAGCUGCUCGAUACUAGUGUCGUUGAAAGGGUGGAAGUCGUUGAGCUCAGGCUUAAAGAAGAAAUUGAAGGAGAAAACGAAUUUGUUGGAACACUGAACGUUGCUGGCUCAGUGCUUGACGUAGUGGUGUCAGCCGUAGACGUAGAUGAUGUGAGGAAAAUUGAAGAUGUAGAAGAGCUAGUCGUGUUUGCAAAUGGACCCCCGGUUGAUGUUGAAGAGAGCUGUGUAUUGCUGGUCACUUCGAUGCUGGUAGUUGUGAGGGACGAGGCCGUGAUAGAUUCGGAAGAAGUGAAAGAGGACGUCGGACUUGCGGUCGACGACAGGGACAAGAAAGAGCUUGAUGAGCUUGCAGAAGAGGCUGACGAAGGGGUUGAAGUCGAUAAGAAACUUGACGCAGUUGAUGAGAAGGUCGACGUGGAUGAGGUAGAUGAUGGAGUGGACGGCGAGGGAGAUGAGGGAGAUGAUGAGGAUGAAGUUGACGAUGAAGUCGAUAAGAUUGAAGAGGAAGUUGAGGAUGUGUCUGUUGUGGACUCUGAGCUUGUUAAAGAAAUCGAAGAAGAGUCUGAAGACGAGGUCGACGAUAAAGUCAAGGGUGAGGUUGAAUCAGAGGCCGACGAGGAUGAUGACAGGGAAGUUAAAGAGGAAGUCGAGGGGGAGGAGAUUGAGGAUGGGUCUGUGGUGGACUCUGACGUUGAUGCGAUCGUCGAAGAAGAAGUUGAGGUGGUUGAGGAUGAGUUCGAAAAGAAGGUGAAAGACGAAACUUCAGUGCUGGACUCCGAGUUCGAUGACGCUGUCGACGACGUGCUUGAUUCAGUCGUUUCCGUAGUAGUCGGAACAGGUGGAACCUCCCGGAAGCCAAAAUACACGCUGUAG